UGUCGGCUCAGGUCUAUAAAACCGGCAGGCAGCUGUCACACAAACACUAAAUAAUUACAUUUGCUACUGCUAACUACAAACUUCGGUGACCAAUUAAUACUACCUACAAAAUUUAUUAAAAAUAUUAAUAAUCAUACUAAAGUGCUAUUAAAUUGUAUGUUUACGUUACAAAUUGUGUAAAAAACAUAAAAUAGCUAGUUUAUCACCCCUUAGCCCCUCAGCGAUCAUUUGUAUAUGAAUUUUGUCGUCAGCAGUUUUGUAGUGGUGGUUGAAAUUUAACGUACGCUGUUAUUCGUACUUCUUUGUUCGGGUUGUUAACAUCAGACGAGAUUUGACAAGUGCACUUUUUAUUUAAACAUUUGCAAGUAAACAAAAAAAUCGAUAUAGAAAAGAAUCUAAGGGGGUCUCAGCAUACAGACAUACAAACACAUAAAUUAAUAAAUAGGUUAAUGCCCCUUAAACAAAACAAUUUUCAAGUUAUUUUUAAAGAAAAAAUAUAAAUUUCGUAUACAAUAUUUCAUUGCCGAAGCGAAAGAAGAAAGUCUGCUUAGUCGACCUUGAUUUUAACAGUGAUAGGAGCUGCAAAACAGUCAUCAUAUCAGCCAGCUGUUCCGUAAAAGAUAAGGUGUUGAAAAAAAAAACUUGUUUUUACAAAUAAUUACACUUAGUGGCAAUUAAAAAUUUAUUAAUAAAAUGGCUAACUAUUCUGGAGAUGUUAAAUUAGAUGAGCAGAUACAAUUGUGGCUAAAAUGGGAUCGUAAUGAAAAAACUCUUAAAGAAGUGCAAAAAAUGGUGGAUGCCAUGGACUGGGAACAACUGCGUAAACGUUUAAUGGAUCGUUUGGCCUUUGGUACGGCUGGCUUACGCGGUUGCAUGCGUGCUGGUUUUGAUUCUAUGAAUGAUUUGGUCAUAGUUCAAACUGCCCAGGGUUUGUGUGAGUAUGUUAAAACACAAUACCAACCUGAAGAAUAUGAACGUGGCAUAGUAUUUGGCUAUGAUGGACGUUAUAAUAGCAAACGUUUUGCCGAACUAUCGUCCACAAUAUUUAUACAGAACGGUUUUAAAGUUUAUCUUUAUACUCGUAUGGUGGCUACACCCUUUGUGCCCUUCGCUAUUGUGCAGAAGAACUGCUUAGCCGGUGUUAUGGUGACCGCUUCACACAAUCCUAAAGAGGACAAUGGCUAUAAGGUGUACUGGGGCAAUGGUGCCCAGAUUAUAACACCCCACGACAAGGGUAUACAACAAUCUAUACUCUAUAAUUUAGAACCCAAAGAGUCCUCUUGGAAUACAGAUAUUUUAAAAGAUUCUCCUCUACAAGAUCCCUAUGAAGAAAUGUAUAGCGCCUAUUAUAAAACUUUGAAAGCUAAUAUUCCAGCUAAAUUCUUGGAAAUAAAUGAAAAACAAAAAUCAUUGGGCAAAUUAAAGUUUGUUUAUACUGCCAUGCAUGGUGUAGGUUGGCCCUAUGUGGAAAAGGCUUUUGAGGAAGCCAAUUUACCAGAACUUUUACCCGUUGAGGAGCAGAAGGAAGCAGAUCCAGAAUUUCCCACAGUCAAAUUUCCGAAUCCUGAAGAGGGCAAAAGUUCAUUGGAAUUGUCUAUAAAAAGAGCUGAAGCCGCCGGUGUAACAACUAUUUUGGCCAAUGAUCCAGAUGCUGAUCGUUUGGCAUGUGCCGAAAAGGAUCCUAAAACUGGACAGUGGAAGGUCUUCAACGGCAAUGAACUGGGAGCUCUUUUAGGCUGGUGGUGUGUAGAGAACUAUAAAACUCUACAUCCCGAUGUUAAACUAUCGGAAUGUUACCUCUUAGCUAGCACAGUAAGUUCCAAGAUUUUACGUUCCAUGGGCAACGUGGAUGGUUAUAAUUUUGUUGAAACUCUAACGGGUUUCAAAUGGAUGGCCAACCGUGGCAUAGAGUUAAUGAAUGAAGGCAAACAAGUUCUCUUUGCCUUUGAAGAAGCUAUUGGUUUUAUGUUUUCUACAGCAGUACUCGAUAAAGAUGGCGUUAGUGCAGCCACUCAUCUAGCCACCAUGGCUUGUUAUAUUAAAGAAACUCAAGGCAUUUCCUUGAUACAGAAAUUAAAUGAGAUUUACGAAAAAUACGGUUAUCAUUGCACAAAUUGUUCGUAUCUAUUUUGCGACAAAGCUCCUGUAAUUAAGCGUAUUUUUGAACGUUUGCGCAAUUUCCAAGAUGGUAAACCGGCCACAUAUCCUCAGUCCAUACUUAACGGGGAGUUUGCCAUUAAAUAUGUAAGAGAUUUGACAACAGGUGUUGAUACCUCGCAAGCAGAUGGUAAAGCUCGUCUACCUGUUAGCUCAAGUACACAAAUGAUAACAUUUACAUUCGAAAAUGGUCUAGUGAUUACUUUGCGCACCAGCGGCACUGAACCAAAGAUUAAAUAUUAUGCUGAAUUAUGUGCUAAGCCAGAGGAAAGAGAUUGGCAGGGAUUAAGAGAAACUCUAGAUCGUAUGGUUAAUGCCAUAGUUGAAGAAUUCCUACAGCCUGCUGUUAACGAUUUAAAACCAAAAACAGAUUGAAUAUACAAAUAUUUUGAAUUUAGUCAUUUAAGUAUAUAUGUAAUAAUGUGUGUGUUAGUAUCUUUUAUAUAUUUUUUUUUAAAAUAGACAGAUUAUAAGAUGUAUUUUAUAAACUUUGUUGCAUGCAUGUGUAUAUAACACACAUUCCUAAAUGUGUUAUCCUAUAAUGUAUGUUUGAACUGUAUACUUUUUCGAGCGUUUUACGUCUUCGCAUUUUAUAUUUAUGCGCAUUAUUUUUACAAGCUUUUUUAAAAAAUAAAUAUACAUUUUGCUAUAUUUAUAGUAAUCCAAAUUUGGUAUUUUAAACUUAGCAGAGGGCUUACUCUAUAGUUUGUUUAGAAAUAAUAUAUGUUUUUGUUUUCGACUCGUGUUACAGAGUAACCCUUCAUUUCCAGGAAAUGCAUUUGACAAAAAAAAAUCUAUUCCAAUGCACAAUUUUAUAUACAUAUAUUUUAUUAAUAUUAAAAAUUGGUAUUUAUAUCUGCUAUAACAUAUUUAUUUCCUAUCCAAUCUAUGUAAAAAUUAAAUUACAUUUUAAUUUAUUGACAAAUAUACUAAUGUUAAUACAAUACUAAAAUAAACCAACAUACAUACUUUUAUUACUACACUAUUCUACACCUGUCACAAGAAAAAACCAUUCCGAUCGAAACAUUUCAAAAAUUCGAAGUCGAAAACUAGAAUUAUUGAUUUGUAUAAUUAUAAAGGCAAACUUUUGAUGCUUGGGAAUUGAAACCUUUGUAUGGAAAAAGUGACAGUUGUGUUAAUUGUGUUAGCUUAUUGAAAACGUAGAAUUUUCAUAUACUAGUGGUAUUUUUUGUAAUUUAUAACCAAAUAAAAAUAAAAUAAAUAAAAUA